AAAUAAAAAUAAUUAUAAGUGAAUAUAAACACAUUCAAUUUUAAAUGAAAGUGGUGUAUUUUGAAACAUUCAUCUUUUGAAGAAAGCUACACAAAAGACAUUUGUGCACAUACACUUACGUAGUACUUGUCGUCAUGGGAAGUAUUGAGAAGGCCUGCAUUUCUGGAUUUCUGUGUCGCUUAUGCUCUGAAAUGCAUAGAACAGUCAUUCACAUUUAUGGAGACCAUGGUCAGCGUUUAUGCCUAGUGGAAAAAAUCAACGGUUACUUACCAAUCACAAUAUCUCCAACAGAUCCAUUGCCAAAAACCAUUUGUAAAACUUGCUUACAUCGUGUUGAACAGCAUUAUAUACUAUUGAUGAGACUCGCACGAUUAAGGGAAGAGCGCAAAUAUAAUAUGUUAGCGUACAAAAAACGGGACGAAGCGGAAAAUUCACCGAUAUCCAGCGUGGAAUGCUCCGAUGAAGAAGACACAGACUCAACUGGAAACGUUGCACAGACUUUGAAUGCAGCGAGAAGGAAAUCUACGCGUAAUAACUUAAAAAAGGAAACAUCUACAGUUAGCAAUAGAAAUAAUUUAGACCAGACAGAUACACGUAAUAGUCAGAAUAUUAAUAAUAUAUCUAAUACCCAAAGCUCUACUGGACAGGCGUCAGAGGAAUACUCGCAAAUGGCAUAAGACGUACAAUUAAGAUAGUCUAUGCUUAAUUAAUGAAACGCCGAUUUCGUACGUAUUGAUAACAUAAUAUACUUAUACUUUACGGUAACUUUAAAAUCCAAUUGUUAAUGGAUAGUAAAUUCUUAGAUGGUACAUUCAAAUAUAAUUUUGAGAUUAUGUGUAGGUUGGGCAUAUGAAUUUUAUUGUGGCAAUCAUAGUUUUAUUUUUAUUUCUUUGGUUGACUCCGUCGUGGUAUGGGGCUUAUAGUAUUCUCUAUGACUACACACUUGAUCAUUAAGAUUGCUUGGUUCGAAAUUUUUUUAUAGAAUAGAAGUAGUAUUUGUUGCUAUAUAGUCAUUGUAUUGUUUUU